ACAAAUACAAUUUGAUUUAAGUUCUUCCAUGUGUCUUGCCUUCCGGCAAAGUUAAAGGAAACAGCAACCCUGUACUUUGAAAUGGCAGAUGUGUCACAAUGCCGCUCACUUCCUGGACUUAGAGCUUCAUACUGUUUUUGUGCAAGAGGACAGGAACUAGACAGAAAAGCAACAGGAACUGGAAUGAAAAGAUCAGUGACUGAUGAAGGCUGCUAAAACUAACAACUCUAGGGUCUAAUAGGGUAGAUGGUUUUCUACGGUGUGUUGUUUUUUUCUUAUUUCUUUGUUUUAGUCUGAACCGUUUUAAUUGACUGGAUCUGGAUAUAGUAGACUAGAGAAUGAGAAGGAGGCGGGCCUGAGCUGUAACUGUGUGGGUGAGUUAGAUGAUGCUGUUAUGAUGUCUACUCUGCUCUUUCAUUUUUUUUGUGGUGGACCUCUGUCUUGAGUGUUGUCUCAAGUUUAGCAUGGGAAAGUGCAUCUAGUGAAUGACACAGCAUCGGUCUUGGAACAUUUUAAAUGGUUAAGUAAUUGAAGCUAGGAAGUAUUUUUUAUUUUUUACAAUGCAAUACGGCUUUGUGCAAUACGGUAUGUUGUGUGCGUGUAUUUAUGUACAACUGGUUUAGACAUUUACAUUAAUAUUGUGCUCUUCUAGACUAAUGAAAUGGCCCUUUGCUUUGGCUUAGUCUGAAGCAGUUUAUCUGAUGAAAGAAGUGAGUCAGCUGACUAAAACUUUUAUAUUCAAUAACGUUGUAGGGAGAGACUGUCACAUUUGCCAAAACAAAUUGUUAACUGAUUUUAACAAAUACAUUUUUAUAGAGAGUUGGGAAGACAGUUGAGACAACUUGACAAUUUUCAUUGAGAUUUUCCUCUGUUACGUUCCAAAUCUCAGUUUACACAGGGUCUCGAAAGAGCUUGUUUGUUAUUUUAAAUUGGGUCCCAGGGACGGGGAGUAAUGUGCUGUAGUUCAUUCAUUCAUGAAUUGAGACUGCCUCUAGGGAGCACUGUGAGAGUCUGUGAGGCACCAUGCCAGCGAGACAGUGACUCAGUUUAGGCUGAGCUCUUUUGGUGGUGAACUCUGUGGUUCUAGUCCGGGAUCUGACCUCGGCUCAAGAGCUAGCACCAGUCUCUGAGGAGCUCAACUUGAGAUACUGAAGCCUCCUGGGUUGUUGUGACAGCAGCAGGAGAAGUACAUUGAAAUCUGUUCAUGCAACAGGCUCAAAAGGACGGUAAAUCCACAUAAUAGUCAACUCUGAAAGCCUGCUAUCAUAGACAUUGUUCCUCUUUAAAGUGUGCAAUGAGGGCAGUGUGUUUGAUGCUGACUGCCUUAUUGAUGCUGGAAUAUGUGUGCCGGAGUGACACCAUGUCCACCUGUAAGUCUCUGGACUUGGAGCUGGUGAAGAGGAAACGUAUUGAGGCCAUCCGUGGACAGAUACUGAGCAAGCUGCGGCUACCUAAGGAGCCAGAGAUUGACCAGGAGGGAGACACUGAGGAGGUCCCAGCUUCCCUGAUGUCCAUCUACAACAGCACAGUGGAGCUGAGUGAGGAGCAGGUGCACACGUACAUACCGUCCACUCAGGAUGCAGAGGAGGAGGCAUACUUUGCAAAGGAGGUCCACAAGUUCAACAUGAAACAAAGUGAGAACACCAGUAAGCACCAGAUUCUCUUCAACAUGUCUGAGAUGCGGUCAGUAUUGGGGACUGAUCGACUGCUCUCUCAAGCUGAGCUCCGCCUCCUCAUCAAGAACCAUGGCCUGCUCGACGACAGCGAGCAGAGGCUGGAACUCUACAGAGGAGUUGGCGAUAAGGCACGUUACCUGAAGUCCCAUUUUGUCUCCAAGGAAUGGGCCAAUCGCUGGGUGUCCUUUGAUGUAACACAGACUCUGAAUGAGUGGCUGCAAGGGGCUGGAGAGGAGCAGGGAUUCCAACUGAAGUUGCCUUGUGAUUGUGGGAAACCAAUGGAGGAAUUCCGCUUCAAAAUAUCAGGGAUGAACAAGCUGAGGGGAGAUACAGAAACACUAGCCAUGAAAAUGCCAUCAAAGCCUCACAUUUUACUGAUGUCACUUCCUGUGGAACGCCACAGCCAGCUUAGCUCUCGGAAGAAACGACAAACCACUACUGAAGAGAUCUGCUCAGAUAAAUCGGAGAGUUGCUGUGUGCGAAAACUUUACAUUGACUUCCGUAAGGACCUGGGCUGGAAGUGGAUCCAUGAACCCACUGGCUACUUUGCUAACUACUGCAUCGGCCCCUGCACCUAUAUAUGGAACACAGAAAACAAGUAUUCCCAGGUACUGGCUCUGUAUAAGCACCACAACCCCGGAGCCUCUGCCCAACCCUGCUGUGUUCCACAGGUCUUGGAGCCUCUACCCAUUAUCUAUUAUGUGGGGAGACAACACAAGGUGGAGCAGUUGUCCAAUAUGAUUGUUAAGUCCUGCAGGUGUAGCUAGAAUUACUGCACAUGUCUCUCCAUGUUCUUGUCCAUUGUAUUUCCUUGUACUCAUGGGGAUACAAAAUGGGGGCUGAUCCUUUUUGAUGGCGCUGGUUUAGUGUAAAAUGCUUGUCCCUUGGAAAUCAGGAUGUAGUCAAGACAUUCAUUUACGAAGGGUACUAUUAUAAUUGUGUUUGGGUGGUGUCUCUAGUCUGCAUUUUUUCAUUUAGCUUUCCCCAGCAGAGAAUUUGUUUAUGUUUAGUGAUGUGUUAAUGUUUUCUUAUUUUAUUUUAAAUAUAUGUAGUGCUUUGUGGAGUUUUAAAAAAUGUUGUUUAGACUUGUCAAUGUCCUGGGUGUGUCAAUAGUCUUGACUUAUUGUCACUGUGUUGCAGUAUUUGUGCUCCCUGGGAAAUAUAGAGGAAAGAGAGAGGCUAAGACGGGAUUAGUUUGGGUUUACUACUUAAAAUAAUGAAUGUAGAAUAGCAACUUCCUCUCAAUAUUUUUGUCAUUAUUCUCUUUUGAAUAAAUGUAUCUGCAUCAUCACA